UUAUUCAUUGCUUAACGUAUAAACAUGAAAGUAUAUGUCUAAGGCCCAUAGCACACGGCGUUUUUUAAACGCGCUGACGACGCGCAGAGAACGCGCGUAUACACGAUUCAAACGAGAUUGGAUCGCAACCUUGUAACUUAAGCACACGGGGCGAUUAUAAAACCUGCCUCUUCUGCGCGUAUACGCGCAGGUACAGCGGUAAGACGCGCUGUAGUCGCUCGUACCUUUUGCGUUUUGAUCAGAGACUCCUCUUCUUCAGUUGUACAAUGGCGUCGGUUGAGACAACACUGCUUACUUUGGCUUUAGUACUUCUUUUAAAAAGUAAAAAACGUAAAAAAAAGCGAAUUUAUUGGAUAGAUCCAUUUACGAGUGAAAAAAGAUUGAGUGGUCAUUAUCAUACAACUUUUAAAAAAUUGGUAAUACAUAGAAGAUGGAAGAAAUUUUAUAAUUGUUAUCGAAUGUCAUAUUCGUCAUUCCAAGAACUUCUUUUGAUUCUAAAACCUGAGUUAACUCGUCAAAAUACAGCAAUGAGAUCAUGUAUAUCGGCAGAAGAACGUUUGCUCAUCACAUUGAGGUAUUUAGCUACGGGUUGCUAUUUCUCAGAUAUUCACUAUGACUUUAAGUGUGGACAAACGACGGCAGGCAUCAUAGUCCGUGAAACAGUGAAAAUAAUAUGGGAUAAAUUAAAAAACAUCUGUAUGCCAGAACCAACCGAGGAAUCACAUCUAAAAACUGCUGAAGGAUUUAUGAAAUACGCAAAUUUUCCCAAUCUACUUGGGGCUAUCGAUGGGAAACAUAUCAGAGUUAUAAAACCUCAACAUAGUGGAUCAGAGUAUUUUAAUUAUAAAAAAUAUUUUUCCAUCGUAUUGCUUGCAAUAUGUGACGCAAAUUACAGAUUUAUCGAUAUAGAUGUCGGAUGCUAUGGAAAGGCUGCAGACUCAACAAUAAAUGAAUGUAGUGAAUGGACCAAAAAGAUAAGGCAAGGAAAUUAUAAUAUACCAAAUGCGAGACCAAUAUCUAAUAAUGGAGUGCCAAUACCAUUUACGUUUGUUGGAGAUGAAGGCUUUGCAUUAUCUCAACAUUUACAGAGACCUUACGCUGGAAAAAUCUUGCCACGAGAGAAAAGAAUAUAUAAUUACCGCUUGACACGUGCCAGACGAUACAUUGAAUGUACAUUUGGUAUAUUAAGCAACAAAUUUAAAAUCUUUAAUCGGCCACUGAACGUUAGCGUGGACUUCAGUGUGGCUAUUGUGAAAGCCUGUUGUGUACUGCAUAAUUUCAUACGUGAACGUGACGGUUAUAAUUUUCAUAAUUCUUUGAGUAUAGUUGGUUUAGAAGAUCCUCCUGAAGAUGCAAGUUUGAUUUCGAUUGGUGCAAGACGGUCACAGGGACAAUUAAGCGGAACUAUGAUACGAAAUAUGUACGCUGAUUAUUUUAUUAGUGAUGAAGGUGCAGUACCAUGGCAAGAUUCUAAAAUUUAGGGUACCUACCAGUAGCGUAGGGUGAAAAAAAAGAAAAGUAAAGCCAGCACAAAAAAAAGUUUACCGCGUCAAUAAACAAGACGUCAUUAAAUUACUUACAUAAAAGUUCUCAUCAAGACGAAUCAAACGAGCCCAAACUUGAUGGAAUUACUUUGUUUUAUUACGAAGAUCCUAUAGCCGACUUCCAGCUCCAUCGUCAGACCCUGGAAACUGUCUGAAGACAAAGUACUCAUCAAGACAAAUGAAACGAGCCCAAACUCGACGGAAUUACGUUGCUUUAUUACAGAGAUCCCAUGGCCACCCUCCAGCUCCAUCAUGAGACCUUGGAAACUGUCUGAAUACAAAAUACUCAUCAAGACAAAUGAAACGAGUCCAAACUCGAUGGAAGUACAUCGCUUUAUUACUGAGUUCCUAUGGCCACCUUCCACCUCUAUCAUCAGAUCAGUUCUACGUCAUACAUCAUCAUAAUAUUCCACUGUCAUGCGAUUUACACAUUUAUGCAAAAUUUCAGCUUAAUUGGAAACCGACAAGUGGGUCAAAUUUAACUUACAACAUUAUAUUGCAACGGACAAAUGAAACGAAAUAAUAUUCUUAUAAUAAAGAUUGUAAGCUAUCACAGAUCGGCUUUACCCGGCUCAUAUUAUCGACAGUGUUUGCAUGUGGUAGUAAUGUGUAUGUAUGCGUGAAUCGCAUACAUUUCAAACAUUUGAAUUCCCAUAAAUAUGAGCGAGUAAAAUCGGCACGCGUAAAAUAAUAUACGUGUGCGUUUGCGCGAUUCAAAUACAUUGCGUAUUUUGUAUUCAGCUUAUUGAAGAAUAUUUUGUGAAAGCGUGUAAUGCAAGGUGACCGUUUGUGGCAGGUUCCUGCCAUUUUGACAGAUUAAUUAAGGACAAAAAAAGCCUGGCAUAGAUUAAUAAUUUAUAUAAUUAAUUUACUGAGACUCUCAGUAAAUUAAUUAAAUAAAUUCUGCCAACUGCCAGGGUUUUUUUGUCCUUAAUUAAUCUGUACAAAAUGGCAGGAACCUGCCACAAAUGGUCACCCUGGUGUAAUGUAAUUAUAUUGUUUGCGAUAAUUACGUAGAUUAGUCGAAUAGAUUUUUGUAAGACUAGGGCUCAGUGAAGCUAUUGUUGUAAAUAUAAAAAAAAUACAUAUACCUAUUAGAAUCUGCCAAGGGAAGCCGAUGGGAAUCGUGUUGUAUGGAGGCUACGCCACUGGUACCUACCUAAUUACAUGUUCUACUGUUUUACUGUUCUAUGUACCGUCGCACUAUAAACUAUAAUAAAUUAUUUUUAAAUAAAUAUAAGAAAUCUUACCUGCCAGGUUUUUUUCCUUACUGGUUUUUUCAUUAAAAUUGUUAUAAAAAAUUUGGCACAAUUCAUCCCAAGCAUUUCUUUUUAACACUUUGUUUGAAUAUUCGGGCAGUAGUGAAUUCCAUGUAGCUGGACGAUUGUUUAUUUCUGUUAUAAAGCGGUCGGUGUCGAAGGGUUCCAUUUUAAACGAGAUACACGCGCAGCACACAAUAAACCAUUAUUGCAACUGAGGCGCGGGCGCAGUGGUGGACCCCCACCCCCUCUGCCCUACUCCGCUCCUUUGUACGCGCGUUUGUACCGCUUCAAAUGCGCGUAUACGCGCUUCAUGCGCGCGUUUCUAUUAUCAAUGCAAACGCAACAAUUAGCGUUUACAGCGCCGAAGAAGCGCGUUCCUGAAACGCGCGUUAUCAGCGCAUUUAAAAAACGCCGUGUGCUAUGGGCCUAAAUCAAAUGGUUAGUACAUAAAAUGAAAUUUAAAAAAAAAGGUACUACCCACCCCCGCGGUUGUGACAGUACUGGGGGUCAAUAGUGACACGAUGAAAAUACUGUAAUAUGAUCACAAAAUAAGAUAAAAAUACUCUAAAAUGCCAAUAAAACACUUUAAUUGCAAAAAAUAUUUAUUUAUUUUUAUAUAAUAAUCAACUAAAUUAUACUUUCCUAACAAAAGAAAUAAAAUCUUUGAACAUUUUAAUUUCAAGGCACACCAAACAAAAAUAUUCUUCUUCAUCUGAUAUUGACGGUGAUUGUUUCCUUUUCGUUGCUUUACCUUUUCCUUUUCCUUUCGGCUCAUUGAGAUUUUUUUUGAUGCCCUUUGCCUUCAGUCGUUUUUCUUUUGCUUCAUAUUCUUGCCUGACUGCCUCUUUUUCAGGCGUGUCCGUGUAAAUCGUAGACUUCUUGGUUCUAGGUCCUCGCGUUUUUCUUUGGGAAGCUUUUGGAAAGGGCCGAACAAUUUCAGGAGAAAAAACUGAUGGUAUGGCAGAAGUAGAUGGUUGAACAUUGCUAAAAUUUUGGCUUGGUGUAUUGUCUAAUAUAGAAGGUGAAAGUGGUGGACUUUUAUUAUUAGGUCCAAAAUUCUCAGUAACAAAAUUUUCUUCUUGAAUACAGUCAAGGUUGGCAAUAUUUACUAAAAAUGGUGCUAUGGGAGCAUCCUCUUGAUUGUCAGGGAUUGGUCUGCUUAUUACAGGUGAUGGUGCUGCAGGAGAAAUAUCUUCAGUGUCUGUUCUGCUUGUUGUGUGAGAUGGUAUUGCAGAAGCAUUAUUUUCAGUGUCAGGAUUUGGUCUAGUUCUUCCAGGUGACGGUACUGCAGGAAUAUUGUCUUCAGUAUCAGGGUUUGGUCUGUCGGUUACGAAAGAGGGUGCAAAGUCAAUAUCUCCGAACAGAUUACGGUUGUAUGGAUAGAUCCCAGUUUUCAUAAAACCAGCCUGUAUGUUCGCCUGUGUAAGAGCCAGAGGCAUAGCAAUUUUGAUGAUACCUGGUAUAUCAUAUAUUGUCAUCGUUUUACCAGGGUGGCUUCGCAUCCAUCCAUCGCAAGCAGUGUUAAUAGCUUUUUUUAAAGGUCCGAAGACAGACCGGUCGAGAGGCUGAAGCUUGUGAGAGCAAUGUGGGGGAAAUGAAAGUAAAGUGAUCCCGUUUUCUUUACAAUAAUCUAAGGUAUUAAUGUGAAUGUGCGAUGAAUGAUUAUCAAGCACGAGUAACACUUUGUGAGUUAGUGAAGCAUUACAAAAUUUCUUAAAAUGUUUAAGAAAUUCUAAGAAGGAUAGAUCUUGCAUCCAGCCGGAAGGGUUUGCAGCUCCAACAGAUCCAACUGGUCCGUCCCUCACAAAGUGGUCGUGGUAACGAACACGAGGGAAAAUAAAAAACGGAGGCAUGGUAUUUCCCAAGGCGUUCACUGCAAAAGCUACCGUAACUAACGUGCCCCGUUCAGCAGAAGUAACGGCUCCCACUUGCCGCGUACCACGUCUUGCAAUGACUUUAUCAGGUUUUUGGACCGUAGUGACGCCUGUUUCGUCGACAUUGUAGAUAUCCUGUGGCUCGUAAGGAUGUCUAUCCAUAACAACUUGCAAGUUGUCGUAAAAAGCUUCCACAUUUGUUUUAUUGAAACUAGUUGCCCUUGAAAGGCUUGUAGCUUGAGCUACUCGAACAGAUAGAGAAGGAUUUCUAUUCAGGAAGGAACGGAACCAUUCUUAGCCUGCCAUCUCAUUCUCAGCCCAAGUAGCAGGUCGCUUUAGGUUAUAUUGAGUUGCAAGCUCAAAAGCCAACUUCCGCACCUCUUUUGCAGUAAGUCCGAAAUAAAUGUCCGCGCAACGCUGUAAAUAUUUUGACAACUGCUGCUCUUGUUGUUCGGAAAAUACUUUAUUGUGAGCAACAUACCCCAUGCUAAUGCUAUUGUUUUCAUUAUCGCCCGUGCUGGCAUUAUCGCGUUUUCGAACAUACCUUAAUAGUGACAUGCGAUUAACAUCAUGCAUUUCCGCAGCUUGUCGCAAAGAAGUCCCGCGUUUAGUUUCUUUGUAAGCAUCUUCAUACUGAUUCAAGCUGCACUGUGCUCUUGUAGUCUUUCGUUUGCGUAUUCUAGGCAUCUAAAACAAUAAACAACCGCUUUUACUUAUGUCACAACCGUACCCAGUAAAAAUGUCACAACUGUACCCACAGAUCGUUUUAAUAAAAGAAACACCACCACGUCAAAACAAAAUAACCUACAAUAAAUGUAACCACUGAUAUUACACUGCUACUAUUUGAUUUAUAUCGAUGAACAACACUCAAUACCCUAUCAGUAUACAUGUUAUAGCAAUUACGAAAUAAUAAUGAAUCAAAAUACUUACUUUUUGCGUUCAAAAAUCAAAAUGUGCUCGUGGUCACGUACACUCUGCGCGUCGGAUGACGCAACACUGUGACACAGGUUGAGACGUGUGUUGUAACAUCACUAAUUAGUAAUACUAAUUAGUACGUCACUAAUAUAAUAACUUCCGCUAUGAUCUGUCAUCUGUCUUUUUCCAUAUCUUUGGUAUGGGUCGACUAUGUAACUGUGUGAAUGUGUGUUGUGAAAUAAAACUCAAGUAACCCAAGAUCAAGGACUUUCAUUUAUAUAACAUGGUGUCAGAAGUCAAGAAGAACUCAAGUCAAAAAAGUCGAAGUCUGGAAGACAGUCGGUCGCGAAAAUGGACCAGUCGAGUUCCGAGCCAUGCGGCGUGGGCGACCAUAAUGGCGUCCAAGGCCUUAACAGCAAAAUAAAAUCACUGCAAAUUUCGUCAGAUUCCACAAAUAAUAAUGCGGAGGCGUGGAAACGCUGGUGGCAGCAGUUGGAGCUGUAUCUGUUGGCCACGGGUUUGGAUAAGGCACCCGAAAAGCGUAAGAUAGCUAUCUUGUUGCAUCUCAUAGGUGAAAAGGGCUUAAAUAUAUUCAAUACUUUCAACCUCACCAUUGAGAAGACCACGCUUGCCGAAGUCAAGUCCAAAUUUCAAAAUUUUUUUGAGCCCAGAAGGAACAUAACCAUGUGCCGUCACAUGUUCUUCACCAGAAAGCAACAGAAAUCCGAGUCGAUCGAAGGAUUCCUAGCAGAUUUGGAGAACAAAAGCCAAGAUUGUGAAUUUGGAACACUCAGGGAAUCGCUCAUCAGGGAUAUUUUCAUUGCAAAUCUGCAUAUGGAUUUAGCGCAUGUACGUCAGAGACUACUCCAGGAACCUGAUCUGACAUAUCAGAAGAUGCGAGAACUGGCAACAACACUGAUCGUCGCACAGCAGGAUGCUGAAAAAAUUGUCAGUAGUUCCAACGUUGAAAAGUCAGAAAAUGUCAUGCAUCUACGUCGGAGGAGCCGUAGUCGAGGGGAUCGUCGACAGCGAGCUUCACCAGUCGGUCAGCAGGGUUCUGGCGCAGGGAAGUCUCCCAACCCUGAAAGGCGCUCGAGGACGUGUAGCCGCUGUGGGCAAUCUCACCGCUACAAGUGCCCAGCGCAAGGAGUCAAAUGCAGGUCAUGUAAAUCAUUUGGUCAUUUUGCUAAAUAUUGCUUCAAAAAUAAAAAUAUCAGUCAUUUAGAGUCGUUUAAUUAAAGUCAUAGUCAUAAUAAUAAUAAAGAUUAUUUUGUUGGAAUUUUGAAUAGUCAUAGCUCCAGUCAAAGUCAUAAGUCUAAUUGUCAUUUAAAGUCAUAUAACAGUCACUAUAAACAUGUCAAGUCAGCAAGCACACAUUCACUGCACCACUUGUCUCCACCACCACAAUUUACACACAUACAUAGUCAGUCACAGUCAGGGAAUGAUUCCGGUGAUGACAUUGGUGUCAUUCCUGAGAGAUCUCACCGAGACUCAUAUUGUCAGUCUGAGAAAUUAAUUCUCAAGUCAUAUUUCAAUGAUGAUAAUGGUGAUAAUGUCAUGUCUGAGAGGUCUGAAAAGUACCUCGGUGAUGAAAGCAGUCACCAGUCUGAGAAAUUAAUUCUCAAGUCAUAUUUCAAUGAUGAUAAUGGUGAUAAUGUCAUGUCUGAGAGGUCUGAAAAGUACCUCGGUGAUGAAAGCAGUCACCAGUCAGAGAAAUCAAUUCUCAAGUCAUAUUGUCAUAAUUCAAAUAAAAGUUGUGAUAGUCAAAGUGGGUAUCUUAAUGAUGAGUACAGACACAUGUCUGAGGAAUCACCUCACACAAUCACAACAGUCACAUCACCAUAUCACAGUCAACAAGUCACAUCAUCAUUUAGUCGGGUCAAUAUAGUCGAGUCAAAAUAUAAACAUAACAUUAACAAUAGUAAACAGUCUUGGAACAUAAAUGUUAAAGUAGGUCAUUCACAAUUUAAUUGUAUCAUUGAUUCAGGAGCUGAUCUUAACAUAAUGUCAAAACAAACUUUUGAUUCUUUAAAACGUCAACAAAGUCAAAUGUCACUUGUCAAAUGUCACAUAAAUGUCACAGGAUUUUGUGGCAAGUCAAUACCCAUUAUGGGAAAAGUCAAUAUUAAAUGCAAUUUAAUAUUAAAUAAUAACACUGUCAGUGAAAAUAUAGUAUUCAUAGUCGCAAAUUUAGUAUGUCCCAAUGUCUUAGGUCUUCCUACUUGUGAAAGGUUAGGAAUAAUUAAAAGAGUUUUUUCAGUAUCUAAACAAAAUUUUUGUCAACAAAUUCUAACACAAUAUAAUGAUGUUUUUCAGGGUCUUGGCUGUCUACCUCCUGUCUGUCACCUGAAACUCAAACCUGAUGCAGUACCAUGCGUGGAUCCUCCCAGGAGAGUACCAUUUGCGAUGCUUGGAAAGCUACGCGAGGAGUUGGAUCGCAUGGAGAGCAUGCAAGUCAUUGAAAAAGUCACUAAGCCUACAGAAUGGGUGAAUAGCAUAGUAAUUACGGUCAAAAGUUCAGGUCAGUUACGAAUUUGUUUAGAUCCUAGAAAUUUGAAUAAGAAUAUUAUAAGGGAAAUUUAUCCAAUAAAGUCAAUUGAUGAGAUAAGAUCUCAAUUAGUAGGAGCUGUUUGUUUUUCUCAUUUAGAUGCAUUUUCAGGUUUUUGGAUGUUAAGAUUAGAUGAAUAUAGUUCUAAUUUAUGUACCUUUCAAACACCAUUUGGCAGAUAUAAAUAUUUAAGAUUACCUUUUGGCAUAAAUGCAUCAUCAGAAAUAUUUCAAAGAGUUAUGAUGAAUUUGUUUGGUGAUUUAGAAGGAGUCUUGAUAUUCAUCGAUGACAUUCUAGUCUAUGGUCCAAGUGAGUCUAUACAUAAUGAGAGAUUACAUAAAGUAAUGCAAAGAGCUCGUCAAGUUAAUUUAAAAUUUAAUAAGUCCAAAUGUAAAUUUCUAGUUUCUGAAGUCUGUUUUUUAGGUUAUGUCUUUAGUAAAGAUGGUGCAAGGGUUGACCAAGAAAAAGUAAAAGCAAUUGUCAAUAUGCCUACACCACAAAAUGUCAAAGAAUUGCAAAGAAUAUUAGGUAUGAUCAAUUAUUUAGGUCCCUUUAUUAGCAAUUUGUCAGAAAAAACUCAAAUUUUAAGAAAUCUUUUGAAAAAAGAUGCAGUCUGGUCUUGGGAUGAAAAUCAUAAUAAAUGUCUUAAGAGUUUAAUAGAUGAAAUUACAAAGUCACCGGUUUUAGCUCACUAUAACCCCAAUAUUCCAUUAGUCUUGUCAGUAGAUUCGUCUAAGUCAGCAUUGGGAGCAGUCAUUUUACAAAAUAAUAAACCCAUUGCUUAUAGUUCAAAAACAUUAACCACAACUCAGUCUAGGUAUGCUCAAAUUGAGAAAGAAUUGCUUGCAAUUCAAUUUGGUUGUGAAAAAUUUCAUCAGUAUGUAUAUGGUCAUAGAGUCACAGUUCAUACAGAUCAUAAACCAUUAGUCUACUUAUUUGAUAAACCAUUACAUGAUGUACCAGCUAGGUUACAGCGAAUGAUGUUAACUUUACAAAAGUAUGACUUGAAAGUCAUACAUGUCCCAGGUAAACAAAUGUUUAUAUCUGAUACCUUGUCUAGAGCUGCCUUAAAAGAUUAUUAUAUACCAGAAAAUGAGUCAGAAAUAACUUGUCAUGUCAAUUUAAUGUAUUCAAAUUUAGCAGUCACUAAAGACUACAGCACAAAAUUGUCACAACAUACUAAUAAAGAUGAAAGUUUGCAAUUGUUAAAGAAAUAUUAUUAUGAAGGUUGGCCAAAAAGUAAAAGUAAAGUCAGUCAAUUAGUCAAACCAUAUUGGAAUAUACAAGCUGAAAUUCAUGUCGUAAAAGAUUUGUUGUUCAAAGGUUCAAAAUUGAUAGUACCACAGUCUAUGUAUAAGGAAAUGUUGGAUAAAAUUCAUGAAGGUCACCAAGGUAUAAACAAAUGUCUUAAAUUAGCUAGAGAUUCUUUAUAUUGGCCAAACAUGUCAGGUGAUAUCAAAAAUUUAGUAGAACAAUGUCUUAUAUGUGCGAAAUUCAAACCUUGUAACCAAAAAGAACCAUUACAAAAUUUUGAGAUUAAUAAGUAUCCAUGGCAACAAGUUGGUAUUGAUUUAAUGUAUAUUGAUAACCUUUCUUAUUUAAUUGUUACAGAUUAUUAUUCUAAAUACAUAGAGAUAGCUUUGUUAAAUAAAAAUAGUACAGCCAAAAAUGUAAUUACACAUUUAAAGUCUAUUUUUGCCCGUCAUGGUAUACCUUUGUCAUUAGUGUCUGACGGUGGACCUCCUUUCCAAUCUUUAGAAUUCAAGAAUUUUUUACAUGAAUGGGACAUAGAACAUAUUAUUACUAGCCCAUAUCAUGCACAGUCAAAUGGUCAAGCAGAAAGUUCAGUCAAAAUUGUAAAAAAUAUGUUGAAAAAAUGUAAAGAAAAUUCGUCUGAUCCUUAUAUAGCCUUAUUACAAUAUAGAAAUACACCUAAAAAUAAUUUACCAUCCCCAGCACAACUGUUAAUGUCUAGGAAUUUAAGAGAUAAUGUUCCAAAGUCAUAUAAAAAAUUAAAACCAAAGGUUGUAAAAUUUAAAGAUUACAAAGAAUGUGUAAACAAGAAUAAUGUCAAUAAGUCAAAAUAUUAUAAUAGAAAUUCUAAGCCUUUGUCAUUGUUGUAUCCUAAUGAUCAUGUCUACUUUAAAAGAAAACCAAAUUAUAAUUGGGAACAUGCCAUUGUCAAGCAAAGGCUGGCAAAUAAUAGGUCAUAUGUCAUUGAGGAUGUCAAUGGAGUUAGGUAUAGGAGAAAUAGAAUUCACUUAAGGCAUAAGUACUCUCCUAUGCUAUCCAACUCGUCGUCGUCGUUGUCAUCGUCGCAGGGGAGAGAGGAUGGUGACAGUCAGAAGGCUGGACCUCAAGAACUCUCAUCUCAAUCCUCAAGUAGUCAAAUUGUCACACGUUCAGGUCGAUUUGUAAAGCCUUCUCGUAGGCUAAUAGAAGAAAUAGAUUAAGUAUAUAAUUGUAAUCUAAAUUAAGUCAUAAUUAAGUAAAAACCUUUGUCUAUCAUAACUAUGUAUAAUAAAGUCAAUUUUUGUCAAGUCAGUCCAUAGUCUUAAGUCUAUUGUUUGUCAAGGGUUAAUUUAAACUUAACAGGGGGGAUGUUGUAACAUCACUAAUUAGUAAUACUAAUUAGUACGUCACUAAUAUAAUAACUUCCGCUAUGAUCUGUCAUCUGUCUUUUUCCAUAUCUUUGGUAUGGGUCGACUAUGUAACUGUGUGAAUGUGUGUUGUGAAAUAAAACUCAAGUAACCCAAGA